AUGGUUUUAGGCUACUUUAGGCAAUCACUAUUUUUGCAACAGCUGCGUCUUGCCUUCCGUAAUCUGUUGAUUCGUGUUCUGUAUGCCUGCCUCACAAGGCCUGCUCAGCGGCAUUGCCUAUUGAAGCUGACUCCUGAAGAAGUGGCUCGUGUAAUGCAGACUCAUUUGAGCUUUACAUGUUCCUAUUCUUCGGAACUAUGGGGCGGCCUAGAUUCUGCCAUUGUCGCCAGUCAGCCUCUUGAAGCCUCCAUAGUGCCGGUUCACCCGAUGAUGGGGACGGGACAGCCGUAUACUUCCUUCUUGCCUCAUACAGUCAGACCCACUUCCUGUUGGUUUCCGCAGACUAAGACAAUGCUGACGCAAUCUAGAACAGGCGAAAAAUCCGCAGAGCCUCUUCAACUUUCAUUGAUGUAA